UGUAUGUGUGUGUGUGUGAGAGAGAGAGAGAGAGAGAGUGUGUGUGUGUGUCAGUGUCAGUCAGACGGGAGACGGCGCUCGGGAGAUGAAGUCCUGCGCUGCACGCGCGCGGAUGUAGCUGUCUCCUCUGUGUGCUUCUCGGGUUUCCUCUUCAGUGUUCUCCAGCACUGCUCCUCUCCGGUUCAUGCGGCGGCUCCGGGAACAGUCAUGUCCUCUAAUUUCGCUUUAUCGCGAACUUUGCGCAGAACCGGGAGCUUCCCUUCUGCCAGAACAGUCCGGAUUGUGAUCCUGGGACAAGGUGCAGUCGGAAAAACAGCUCUGGCUGUGCGCUUCAUCACCAGGAGGUUUAUCGGUGAAUAUGACCCGACUCUCGAGACCAUCUACAGACACGAGUUGAGUAUCGGGGGUGAAGCUGUGAACUUUGAGAUCCUCGAUACUGCUGGACAGGAGGAAGACACACUGCUGAUGGAAGAGAAAAUCAAAUGGGCCGACGGUUUCCUCGUAGUUUACUCCGUCACUGACCGCUGUAGCUUCGAUGAAGUCAUGCGACUGUGCUUUCUGGUGAAUCACAUCCACAGCAGAAGAAGCUGUCCCGAUCCUCCACCAGUCAUCAUCGUGGCUAAUAAAAAAGACCUGGAGUUUGACAGGAUGGUGUCGGUAGAGGAGGGUGAGAGUCUGUCACACGGCCUCAAACUCCCUCUGCGUGAGAUUUCCGUCCGUGACGGCUGGGAAGAAACGGCCGGCGUGUUUCAUGCACUCUACGCCGAAAUAGUGCAGCAAAUGGACAAAUCACCUCCGUCCUUCCGAAGACGUGGCGUGUCCAGACUGAUGGAGAAAAUCCCCAGAAUUCACUCCAACGCCGCUCUGGGGUCCACGGGCCGUAGUUUCAGCUUCAGUUCGUUCAGAGACCUGCUGCCUGACUGAGACGUGAGAAGCUUUGUCACAAAAGAUGUUUUUCAUUAAUAGUCGUAAGUGUUGUAGGCUAAGAAAGGAAGUGUGUAAGCUCUGCUUUCUUGAUUUCGGACAUAAAUGGAAAGCCGGAGACAUUAAAUAUCAGUUUCGAGUUUCAGUGAGGAAAAUGUUUAAUCGCUUAGACAAUUUCAUCAAGGUGGAACUGUAAAAGCGGGAAGGUCAGUAUGAUGGACGGCACUAAAGUAGAAGAAAUGAUACAG